AUGUUGACACAAGAGCAACAGUUACUAUUAUCUGAUAAAGAUACUAUAUCAAUAGAAGGCAAAUAUGACGAUCUUGCCAAACUUAGUCAUUUAACAGAAGAUAUUUUACUCGAACAAUUAAAACAACGAUAUGAACAAGAUUUAAUCUAUAUUCGUGAUCUUUAUCGAUAUUCGAAAGAUAUUCAUAAACCACCUCAUGUCUAUGCACUUGUUGAUCUUGUUUAUCGAAAUGUUUGUCAUGGCAUAUAUAAUCAACAAUGUUGUGUGAUCAGUGGUGAAUCAGGUUCAGGAAAAACAGAGAGUACAAAAUUGUUUUUAAAACAAUUGAUGUAUUUAUGUGGUGGUAGUUCUCAAUUAGAACAACAAAUUUUACAAGCAACACCAUUGUUAGAAAGUUUUGGUAAUGCACAAACUGUGAUGAAUAAUAAUUCGAGUCGAUUUGGAAAAUAUAUUGCUUUGAAAUUUGUUAAUGGCAAAGUUAUUGGUGCUCAGAUUAGUGAUUAUUUAUUAGAAAAAUCUCGUGUAGUAACACAAAGUCCGGGCGAGAGAAAUUUUCAUAUAUUUUAUUAUUUAUUCGAUUAUCUUCCACCAGAAACAAAACAAAUUUUAUGUUUACGUACAAAAUAUGAUUAUAGAUAUCUGUUAACAAAUUCAUCAUUAGAUAUUCAACAUAAUGGUGCUAUGAAUUCAUUAGAUGAAGUUAUCAAUGCAAUGGGUUUACUGAAUUUUACUGAUAAAGAACAACAUUCCAUGUUUCGUAUAUUAUCUGGUAUUUUAACUAUUGGUAAUCUUGAGUUUUCCACAGAUGAUGAAGGUUUUACACAACAAUGUUUUGAUGAAGAAAAAACUAAAAAUAAUCUUGCAAUUAUUGCUAAAAUGUUUGGUGUUAAUUCUGAUUUAAUUAUGGAAUGUUUAACAACAAUAACAACAUUGACACGUAAUGAAAGAGUAACUAGAAAAUUCAGUUUACAAUCAAGUCAAGAUGCGCGUGAUGCUUUAUCAAAACAUUUAUAUGCUCGUUUAUUUUCUUGGCUUAUUGGAAAAAUCAAUGAAACAUUAAAUAAUGCAUAUCCAAUUCAACAAUAUCGUCAAAUUGUUGAAAUUGGUCUUCUGGAUAUUUAUGGUUUUGAACAUUUUGAAUUAAAUAGUUUCGAACAAUUAUGUAUCAAUUUAGCGAAUGAACAAAUUCAAUUUUUCUUUAAUCAACAUAUUUUCCGUAUUGAAAUGGCAGAAUAUGAAAGUGAAGGUAUCAUGGCUGAAACAUUAGCAUUUACAGAUAAUCAUUUAUUAUUGGAAUUAUUUAUGGCAAAACCAUUGGGAAUUCUGUCAUUAUUAGAUGAUGAAAGUCGACUUCCGAAAGCAACUGAUCAAACAUUUGUUGAAAAAUUAAAUUAUCAUUUUGGUUCAAAUAAACAUGAAUGUUAUUCAAUAAAUCGUAAUAAUAAAUCAUCAUUUAUAAUUCAUCAUUAUGCUGGCAAAGUUUCCUACUGUGCAUUGGGUUUUUUGGAAAAAAAUCGUGAUACUCUAUCCGACAGUGUUGUUGAUAUGUUUAAACAUAGUCAAGAUGAUCUGAUACGUUUACUUUUUCAUGGAAAUCCAAUUGAUGGUACAAUCAAUUCCAAUAAUAGACUUCAACACCGAACAGCAGCUGAAAAAGAUGCUCGAAAUCGAUUGACAGUUGGUGCUCAAUACCGAAAUUCAUUACAAAUUUUAAUGGAUCGAAUGUGUGCAUCACAUCCAGUAUUUAUGCGUUGUCUUAAACCUAAUCAACAGAAACGAGCACAUUUAUUUGAUGAUACAUUUGUUCGUGCACAACUUCGUUAUUGCGGUAUGUUAGAAACAACUCGAAUUCGUAAAGAAGGAUACUCUGUCCGAUUGACAUUUGAAGAAUUCAUACGAAAAUAUGGUCUUUUAUCAAAAAAACGUUCAAUUGAUUCACCAUUGAUAACUUGUCAUCAUAUUCUCGAAGAAACAAAAUUAACUGAAUGGCAAUUAGGAAAAACAAAAGUUUUUCUUAAAUAUUAUCAUCCGGAACAAUUGGAAAAAUUAAUGAAUAAAUAUCGACAAGCAGCAUUAUUAAUACAACGAACAUUACGGGGUUUUAUGGCAAGAAAACAGUUAAAUCAAUUAAAAUUAACUUCUAAAACAUAUAAAAAUGAUGUCAAUCAAUUUUGUGCUUAUAUUGAAGAAAUUAAUAAUCAACUUGUAUAUACACUGACUCAACUUCAUGAUAAACUUCCAGGUAAAACAGCACCAAUAAUAAAUACAGAACUUGACGUACGACCACGACCACCAGUUCGUGAAAGUUCACUUAAUGUUUCUGCCCAAAUAAUUAAUAAUGGAACAGCUGGUAAAUAUUCUUUACCAACAACAAAAGUUUCAUCAACAACAACACCUACAAGUACUUUAACAACAAAUCAAUUAAUGGUUGAUUAUGAUUCAUUACUUUCAUAUUUAACACUUAAAUAUGGUUCGCCUGGUGAACGAGAAUCUUGUUUAAGAUGGUUUCGUGAUACACAAUAUCCAUAUGUAUGUCAAAAUGGAACAUUUCCUAGUUGGUUUCAUGGAAAUAUUACUCGACAUCGAGCAGAAGAAUUAUUAAUGAAUCAACCGAUUGGUCAUUUUUUGAUUCGUCUCAGUGAAAGUCGUUUUGGUUUUUCAUUAUCAUUUCGAGCUGAAGAUCGUUGUCGACAUUAUAUGAUAAAUCAAUUAAAAAAUUCUAAAUAUAAUGUUAUUGGCGAAUCCAAAGUACAUAAAUCUCUUGAUGAACUUAUUGAAUAUUAUCGAAUACAUGAAUUAUCAAAUUGGAAUGGUCGAUUAACUGAACCAUAUAAAGCAGAUUGGUUACAAUAUGAUCAUGAAACAUUAAUGCCUAUUGUAAAUAAUUCAACUAAUCGUUCUUAUCAUCAUGUGAAAAAUAUUCCAAAUCGAUCUCAUGUGACAUCAACAUUACCAAUAUCAUAUUAUGCAAAUCCUCCAUAUCCAUACUCAUCGAAACUAUAUACAACUCGUCCAAUGUUAAUCAAUAAUUCUUUUAAUUCUACAACGAAAUUACCAAUUGCUAUUGUUCCACCAUUUGCAAAAUAA